AUGCGGUCGCUCAUCAGCUUUGCCCUCCUUUCAGGAGCUCAGGCUCAUACCUUGUUCACGACCCUCCUCAUCAACGAUGUCUCUCAGGGUGAUGGAACGUGUGUGCGCCAGUCCGCAGACAUCAGCCACUCCGUCAGCCCAGUCAUCGACUAUCGUUCGUCAGACAUAGUGUGCGGCGUGGGCGGCACAAAGGCAGUGGCUUAUACAUGCCCGGCACCAGCGGGUGCUAAGCUGACCUUUGAAUACCGCAUGUCCCCCAACACCCCGGGCUCCGGAUUCAUCGACUCUUCACACAAGGGGCCCUGUGCCGUCUAUGCGAAGCAGCUCUCGGCAGACACUGACUCGGGCGAGGGCGACGGCUGGUUCAAGAUCUGGUCCGAGGGCUACGAUCAGGACGAGGAUCUCUGGUGCACCGAGAAGCUGAUCAAGGACGACGGGUUCUUCUCCAUUGACAUCCCCUCAGCCCUGCCCGCGGGCAACUAUCUCUUCCGCCCCGAGGUUGUCGCCAUGCACAAUGUCACUCCCGAGGUCGAGCCCCAGUUCUACGUCGGCUGUGCCCAAGUCUUUGUCGAGAGCGACAUUACGGGCACCCUCGAAGUUGCGGAUGAGUAUCGGGUCAGCAUCCCCGGGUACAUUCAACCUGGCGACGGUGGUGUUACCUACAACAUCUACAACGACGAUGAGUAUGCCAACCCGAAACUGCCAUACCCGGAGCUUGGGCCGAAGGCAUGGGUCCCAGAGGUGUCCACUCUCACCACGCUGUCUGUGUCCAGCUCCAACGAGGUCACAACCCAGUCUGAAGGCAGCGUGCCAGCCACGUGCCUCCUGAAGAACGCGAAUUGGUGUGGCGUCGAGGUAGCCGCGUACACGGACCAAGAGGGAUGCUGGAACGCAGUCACCGACUGCUGGGCCCAGAACGAGGUCUGCUGGAACGAGGCGCCCCCGAGCGGAGGAUCCAACUGCGAGGUCUGGGAGACGAAGUGCCAGGACCUGGAUGACCAGUGUAGCGCAGGCAAUUUCCAAGGACCACCCAAGUUUACGCUGGUCAGCGCGGACGCGAAGGCGCCGGCCGUCGUCGCCGCUGCCAUGAACGCGGCCCAUGGCGAGGCGCCGGCCGCUACGACGGGCGAGGCCAGCGCUGCUGUGACGAGCUACGUGGCCGACAAGCCAGAAACGACGAGUAGCACCGCGGCGGUGACCACGUCUCAGGCUGCCAAGUCAGAACCUACGACCAUCAAUGCUGGUCCUUCGACCACCUUUGUCACGGUCUACGCUUCCAGCGCUUCUACUCCCAGCCAUUCGGCGAACGCUGGCGAGUCGUCAUCAAGCGCCAAGCCUGUCCCGACAGGCGAAAGAGGUGGCAGACGUCACGGAAAGCAUAGAUAUCAGUGCGGUUCAUCGGCAGCUAAGAAAUGA